AUGUCACAUCCACUGGUGGCAGCCGUGUGGGAACAGCUAGGGCGUCGUGAUCUAACAAAUAUCCUUCGCGAGAUCAUCGGCGAACAUGUGCUGGACAUCGCGGUCUCCCAGCCGGACGGCCAAUCCGCGCCCAUUGAGCCACUGACCCGAUCGGUUUUUUGGAUCAAAACCAUCUUCGAUGCGCAACGUACCUAUCUCCAAGGCCUAACAAGUGUCCACGACUGUCACCCUUACUUCUUGCCUUAUCUGCUGCCUUCGGAGACUGUCUUCUCGACAUUGAUGUACUUGCUCAAGGUGAAGCUAGAACUUUUCCCAUGCAACAGAUCGACCGAUCCCGAGCUCAUAGGGUACCGACAUCUCAUUGCGCAUACUUUACUCGCCGGUAUUCGAGUCUUGCUGCUGCGCGGAGAAUCCAUCCAGACUGAUAAAAAGUUUCGGUUCGAAAAGGCAAUGCGGGCUGCAUGGCGGCAUUCUGACCUUUCGAAUGUUGAGCGGUUCCUCAUCAGCGACCUUCUUCCCAAAGCGAUUGAUUUCCUUGGCUCGACUGAAUUGUCAGCUACUCAAACCCUUACACUCGACCGUGGGAAACCUUACCUGCCGUCGUUCGCUGCAGGGUUGUACCCAGUUUCAGGAGCACCGGAGACCCUCAUCACAGACCUCUUGACGGGAUUGAUGAAGAACAAUGCCGACCAGUUGGUCUCCUUCAACCUGCUUCUCGACAUUCUCUGGGCAGUAGACUCUGCUCUCAUUCAGUGCCACAUAGAUCGCCGUCGGAUCUCUCAGGAGCAAGGAUACACGAGUUCCGCGGCGCUUAAGGUACACGAAGCCUUCACCCAGGCGCAAGAGGUCAAGAAGAAGUUGACUCGAACGGUACUGGCGGCCUACGAUGAUGAAUUCAACACGGCGCCGCUGCAAGUAUUCGCCACCACCAUCCUAACCCAGACUGCCGACGAUUCGCCUCCGCUACAAACUCGGCGGAUUCGAGACACUUGGUCACAGCUGGGUGGCAUUCGAGAAUCAUGGGAGCGGGCCUUGGGACAAUUCGUGCGUUGGCUCAUCAACAGGCGGGUGCAGAUGUGGGAUUGCAAUGGUGAACUUGAAGCGUUUUCGCACGACUAUCAACAGCAUUUGACCCAAUGGCUACAAAACUCAUCAGCUGCUGACUUCGAUCCCACCGCACCGAGCAAACAAGGCCGGUCCAGCACGGCAGUUUACGUAGUCAACUGUCCUGCGGUGCAUCCCGUGCCGGGGGCAAUGUUGGAAGAACAACUGAGAAUCCAUGACCGGAAGGCUUAUGAGCAAUUCCAAGGAAGUCCCGAGUUCCUAACGAUGGACAUCAGUUGCCCCCUCUGUCCUGAGAAAGCACGCAUUCAACAUGCUCGUAUGAUCGAGCCUCUCGAACAAGUUUCCGACGCCCUACAUCUGUUCUCGGACUCGGACGGUGAGGGGCAGCCAUCCCUCCCAGAUUCUGCCUCCCGAGCGACCACCUCAUGUUCCAGCUCGCUCAGUCAUUCUACGAGUCACUCGUCCCGCCUCGACUCUGUCGAGGUAGUCAAAAGCCCGACUUCACCCACGACUCCUGUCCCGGCCGUCUCAAAGGCGAAUGGCAAGACUCCUAGUGUCACCACAUCAGAAAUAUUCAACCCUGUCUUGUCGCGAAGUCGGACCGAUCAGUCAUUUGACAAGCAGGCCAUCAAGACACUUUCUCGUGAUCUCAAGAAUGUGAAAUUACCUUUCACUAGCGGAACCUCACUCUUUCGGAGGAACUCGUCGAAAGGGCAGCAGUUGCCUCGUCAGCCCCGGUUCUGUUUCUCAGCCACUGGGAGCUCUCUGCUCUUUUGGGGUGCCGGCAGUAAUUGGGUCAUGCGAUUUGACUUGGGCCAGGGCGAGGGCAAGAAACCAAAGAGGCAAAAGUAUGACAUUCCAGGCGUACAACAGGCUGCAGCAGGAGAUCAACGAUGUGCUGUUAUUGCUUCGGUGGGACAGCAUUACGAGCUUCUUGUGUUUGAGAACGACAGUGAUAUCCCAGAAGCCUACAUGACGAUCGAGACCGAUCACCAGUCAUUACCUAUCACUUGCAUGGUCAUGUCUCGUAAUGAUCGAUAUGUCGCCUUCACGCUCAAAGACCAAGUUCGCGUCUACGAAAUCUGCACUAGAACCAUUCAAAGAGUUUCCCUCGGCAGUGGAAUGGACCGAGUGUCAGACUUGGGCAACCGGUCUUUGAUGCGAACCUUUUCUGGCGCGGAAGAGUCUGGUUUCGAGGCGCAACGACAAGAGGCGGUCAUCGAAAGGAAGCUUCAAUUCUCGGCUGAUGGCAAACACUUUGUAAUAGCCACCCAUCUGGGCGAUCACUACGCCUAUGUCGAUGUCUGGAAUUGCACGUUUCAGCAAUGGAACAUAGUCCCCGACAGUUCAAAAUCCUUCAAGCUUCCUCCUUGGACGACGAACGAUGGGGAUCUGACUGGUGUAUACUAUGAUAGCUCCCAUCAUGCGGUACUACUAACGGCAUUCUUUGGUAAAGAAUAUCCCCUAUCUUUUUCCAUGACCGACAACAAAAUCAACAACGAUCCGUUUAGCACGCGAAUCGUACAUGCAGGCCAGUCCCCAUCUGGAACACGAUUUGUGAUUGCAAACGGCAUGUGCGAUAUCUAUCUCUGCGAUGUGAAGCCUUCCGGGGGCUUAAAUCGCUCCCGGAUGAAGAAGGCGUCGUACAAAAUGAACCCCUCGGUGUUUCGGCCUGGACAACUUGCGCUUGCUUUUCCCCAGGAGUACGAGAUGUUAGCAUUCUGGGUGAAGACGGGCAAAUUAAUGCUACGGACCGUGCGAAUGCAGGGUGGCAUUGAAAGUGUCAGUGACUAUGAUCUACGACCCGACUAUGAUCGGCUGGUAGUCGAGAGACCGCUUGUCGCUGACUUUCAUACUCAACGCCGACGGCACUCAUUACUCUCUCAUGAGCUGGUGGCAGAAAUCGAUGGUCUACCUUCGGUUCCUCGGCCAGACCUGCCUGAAUUAUCGUCGACCUAA